GGAUGAAAUGCGCGUCGGACGGAGCAUCCGCGCAGCACGCAGCGACACGGAACGCGAACUGGAGCUUAUCAUCAACUCGCUGUCUCCCGUUUGAUUAAAACAACAGCAACAACAACAACAACAACAACAACAACAACAACAACAACACAGUUCUCCAGUGCGGCGCAAAAAACCGAUGUGAACAGACGCAGGGAGAGAAGAUCACCUAAAGACGGUGUGACACAGAUUGCACCAAAGCAGGUCAAGUUCUUUUUUUUUCCCGUGUGGGGUAGAAAUACUCCCCUGACCUGAGGGGGACUAAUGAUGUCUCUAAUGGUUCACCUGAAGACAGCCGGCCACCUGCGGGGGAAAGGGGACCGAAUGGCCAAAGUUACAUUCAGAGGACUGUCCUUCUACAGCCGCGUGGCAGAGAACUGUGAGGACGUGGCUCACUUCAAUGAGAUAUUUCGGUGGCCCAUCGCCAGCCGGCUGGAUGGAAACGAGAUGCUGGAAAUCCAAGUGUACAAUUACAGCAAAGUAUUUUCCAACAGACUGGUGGGGACUUUCUGCAUGGUGCUUCAGAAGGUGGCUGAGGAGGGACACCUAGAGCUGACCGACACCCUCAUCGACGACAACAACACUUCCAUAAAGACCAGCGUUACCAUAGAGAUCCGAUACCAGUCGAUGGACGGCUCGGUGGGGGUGUGGAGCGACGGCGAGUUCCUUGACGUCCCUGAGGACCGCGACGGGAUGUUUGCCUUCGAAACAGAGAGUUUGUUGUCAGGACAGAGCCGCGGGUCGGGGACGUCUCCUGGACGAUCCUUGCAGGGAUCCAUACCGACCUUCAGGAAAGCAGGGAAGGGAGUCUUCUCAGCCAUGAAGCUCGGCAAGAUCAGGAGCUCCAGGGACGAUCACAAGAGAGGAGAUGAGCCGGCGGUUCUGGACAUGGAGGACCUGGACCGGAAGGCGAUGCGUCUCGCUGGAUUCGUGGACCCGGACACCAUUUCUCUGGCCUCUGUUACCGCCGUCACCACCAACGUCUCCAACAAGAGGUCAAAGCCAGACAUCAAGAUGGAGCCGAGCUCUGGACGCCCAGUGGACUAUCAGAUCAGCAUCACGGUGAUCGAGGCCCGGCAGCUGAUAGGCCUCAACAUGGACCCCGUGGUGUGCGUGGAGAUCGGAGACGACAAGAAAUACACGUCUAUGAAGGAGUCCACCAACUGCCCGUACUACAAUGAGUAUUUCGUCUUUGACUUCCACGUCCCUCCUGACGUCAUGUUUGAUAAGAUCAUCAAGCUUUCAGUCAUUCAUUCUAAAAAUCUUCUUCGAAGUGGGACAUUGGUGGGAACCUUCAAGAUGGAUGUAGGGACUGUUUACUCUCAGCCUGAACACCAGUUUUACCACAAAUGGGCCAUCCUGUCCGAUCCUGAUGACAUCACAGCGGGGUGUAAAGGAUACGUGAAGUGCGACAUCGCCGUGGUGGGGAAGGGCGACAACAUCAAGACCCCACACAAGGCCAACGAGACCGACGAAGACGAAUUGGAGGGGAACCUCCUUCUCCCAGAGGGCAUCCCAGUGGAGAGGCAGUGGGCCAGGUUUUACGUGAAGAUCUACCGUGCUGAGGGACUUCCCAAAAUGAACACCAACAUUAUGGCUAACGUGAAGAAGGCCUUCAUAGGAGAGAACAGAGACCUGGUGGACCCCUACGUUCAAGUGCAGUUUGCUGGGCAGAAAGGGAAGACUUCAGUCCAGAAGAGCAGUUACGAACCAAUUUGGAACGAGCAGGUCGUGUUCACCGAGCUGUUCCCUCCACUCUGCAAACGCAUCAAGGUCCAGAUUCGAGACUCGGAUAAGGUCAACGAUGUUGCCAUAGGAACCCACUUUGUUGACCUUCGCAAAAUAUCAAAUGAUGGUGAUAAAGGGUUCCUGCCCACCUUGGGUCCCGCUUGGGCCAACAUGUACGGUUCCACCCGUCAGUACACUCUGAUGGACGAGCACCAGGACCUGAACGAGGGUCUCGGAGAAGGUGUGUCCUUCAGAGCCCGCCUCCUGCUCUCUGUCGCCGUGGAGAUCCUCGAUACCACUUCCCCCGAGCUCAUGAGCUCCACCGAAGUGCAGGUGGAGAGCGUCUCUAACAUCUCCGAGAGCGCCACUGGGAAAAUAGAUGAGUUCUUCCUCUUUGGUUCCUUCCUGGAGGCCACCAUGAUAGAUAGGAAGAUUGGUGACAAAGCGAUAAGUUUUGAAAUCACAAUAGGUAACUACGGCAACCAGAUAGACGGCGUAAGCAAGCCUUCGUCGAGAAAGAAGAAGAAGAAAGAUAGCGAGAACGAAGAAGAGGAGAGCGAGCUCAUACAUAACUCCAGUGACGACGAAGCGGACGAGGACGGGGACCUGGUUUCUGUCUCCUCCACUCCGCCAAUGAAGCCCGUCAUCACUGACAGGAAUUAUUUCCAUCUUCCCUACUUUGAAAAGAAGCCGUGUGUCUACAUCAAAAGUUGGUGGCAGGACCAAAGACGACGACUUUACAACUCCAACAUGAUGGACAAGAUUGCUGACAAGCUGGAAGAGGGUGUGAAUGACGUUCAGGAGAUCAUUAAGACGGAGAAGGCUUUUCCAGAGCGCAGACUGCGCGGCGUGCUGGAAGAGCUCAGUGUCGGCUGCAGUCGGUUUGUGACUCUGGCUAACAAGGACGUCAACCAGGCGGGCCGCACCAAACUGGAUCGAGAGCGGCUCAAGUCGUGCAUGAGGGAGAUGGACAGCAUGGGCCAGCAGGCCAAGCAGAUCCGAACUCAGGUGAAGAAAAACAUAGUGAAAGAGAAGCUGAAGCUGGUGCAUAACUUCCUGCAGAAGCUCCGUUUCCUAGCAGACGAGCCUCAGCACAGCAUCCCAGAUGUUUUCAUCUGGAUGAUGAGCAACAACAAGCGCAUCGCCUACGCCCGGGUUCCUUCCAAGGACAUCCUCUACUCCAUAGUGGAUGAGGAAACGGGAAAAGACUGCGGCAAAGUCAAAGCUGUCUUCCUCAAGCUGCCUGGUAAAAAGGGGUUUGGUCCUGCAGGCUGGACAGUGCAGUCAAAGCUGGAGUUGUAUCUGUGGCUCGGCCUCAACAAACAAAGGAAGGACUUUCUCAGUGGUCUGCCUAACGGUUUUGAAGAGAUCAAAUCUGCUAAAAUGAGCCACGGCCUUCACUCGGUGCCCCCCGUCAGCCUCGUCUACAACAUGAAGCAGGUGUUUCAGCUCCGAGCACACAUGUACCAGGCUCGCAGUCUGUUCGCUGCGGACAACAGCGGCCUGUCGGAUCCCUUCGCCCGAGUCUUCUUCUCCACACACAGCCAGGUCACUGAGAUCCUGAGCGAGACUCUUUGCCCGACGUGGGACCAGCUGCUGGUGUUUGACGAUGUGGAGCUUUUCGGAGAGGCCAGCGAGCUGAGGGAUGACCCUCCCAUCAUUGUAGUUGAAAUCUUUGACCAGGACACCGUGGGCAAGGCAGAGUUCAUAGGUCGCACGUUUGCGAAGCCCACCAUCAAGAUGUGCGACGAGCACUACGGCCCCCCGAGGUUCCCACCACAGCUGGAGUACUACCAGAUCUACAGAGGGAACCACGCUGCCGGGGAACUGCUGGCUGCAUUUGAGCUUCUGCAGAUACCUUUUGAUGCUGAGGCGAUUAGACGAGCUCUAAUCGCUGUGCAUAACUUUGCUGUUCCUCAAAUAAAGAUCGGUCAAGGAGGGAGGGACGACCUCCCCCCACUCGAAGGGCCGACGGACUCCGAGCGCGGACCCAUUCUGCCUGUGCCGCUGGGCAUCCGACCGAUCCUGAGUCGCUACCGCAUAGAGGUUUUGUUCUGGGGCUUGAGGGACUUGAAGAGGAUCAACCUGGCUCAGGUGGAUCGUCCUCGUGUGGACAUAGAGUGUGCAGGUCGAGGUGUGCAGUCUGUCCUCAUCCAGAACUACAAGAAAAACCCCAACUUCAGCACCUUGGUUAAAUGGUUUGAAGUGGACCUUCCGGAGAACGAGCUUCUCCACCCUCCUCUCAACAUCCGGGUGGUGGACUGCCGGGCAUUUGGCCGUUAUAUCCUGGUUGGGUCCCACGCUGUAAGCAGCCUGAGACGUUUCAUCUACACCACCCCGGACAAGGCCUCCAACAACUGGGCCACUGCAGCUAAGCUAAUGAAUGGCUACAUGGUCCUUACCAACGGCGGCUCCCAGCCUCGCUCCUCACCCAGCCUUUCCUCCCGCACCUUCUCUCGCCCCGCAGGUGACAUCCUGGUCAACGUGGACGCCGAGCAUCUGGUCCGAAAGAUGGACACGGUGGUCAAGUUGGACGCCACGUCUGACGCCGUUGUAAAAGUUGACAUGACCGAGGAGGAGAGCGACAGAGACAAGAAGCAGAAGAAGAAGAAGAAGAAGAAGGGAGGAGUAGAAGAGGAAGAGGAGACGGAUGAGAGGAUGCUUGACUGGUGGUCCAAAUAUUUUGCUUCAAUCGAGACACUGAAGGAGACCCUGAGAGCCCAGGACGCCGCUCAGGCGGAGGCGGAGGAGCGAGAGGACCUGGAGAUAGCAGCGGAGGCAGCAGAUAUCACACACGACGACCUUCUUCUGAAAGGCUCCAGGGCGAAGGAAAGGAGCAAAGAGAAGAAAAGCUCCAAGGACAAGAAGAAGGCUGCGGACGGCUCCGACAGACGGCCGGUUAAAGCGAAAGUCGACGAGCUCGUGGUGUACGACAAGGAGCUGGAAAGUGAGUACGGGAACUUUGAGGACUGGCUUCACACUUUCAACUUGUACAGAGGAAAAGCCGGGGAUGACGACGAACAAGCUCUGGACGACGACAGGAUUGUUGGCAGAUUCAAGGGAUCCCUAUGUAUGUACAAGCUACCCGUGUCUGAGGAAAUCACAAGAGAGGCCGGAUUCGAUCCUAACAUGGGAAUGUUCCAGAGCAUCCCGCAUAACGAUCCCAUCAACGUCCUCGUCCGUGUCUAUGUGGUCAGGGCAACGGAUCUUCAUCCUGCUGAUAUCAAUGGGAAGGCCGAUCCGUAUGUUGUCAUCAAGCUGGGCAAGUCGGAGGUCAAGGACAAAGAGAACUACAUCUCCAAACAGCUCAAUCCCGUGUUUGGCAAAUCGUUUGACAUUGAGGCCACGUUCCCCAUGGAGUCCAUGCUAACGGUGUCCGUGUACGACUGGGACCUGGUCGGCACUGACGACUUGAUCGGAGAGACAAAGAUCGACUUGGAGAAUCGUUUUUACAGCAAAUACCGAGCGACCUGUGGCAUUUCAUCCAACUAUUCUGUCCAUGGAUACAAUGUUUGGCGCGACCCAUUGAAGCCCAGUCAGAUUUUGGCGAAGCUCUGCAAGGACGGCAAGAUCGAUGGACCUCAUUACGGGCCCGGAGGCAGAGUUAAAGUGGCCAAUCGAAUAUUCCAGGGACCUACAGAGAUUGAGGAUGAAAACGGUCUGAAGAAGCAGACGGAGGAGCACUUGGCGCUGACGGUGCUGACCCACUGGGAGGAGAUCCCCAGGGUGGGCUGUAAGCUCGUCCCCGAACACGUGGAGACCAGACCCCUGCUCAACCCGGACAAACCCGGCAUCGAACAGGGCCGCAUUGAGAUGUGGGUGGACAUGUUUCCCAUGGACAUGCCGGCUCCUGGACCUGCGAUUGACACGGCACCGCGGAAACCAAAGAGAUAUGAGCUCAGGGUGAUUAUUUGGAAUACAGACGAAGUAAUACUGGAGGACGAUGAUUACUUCACUGGGGAAAAGUCCAGUGACAUAUUUGUCAGGGGCUUUGAGCUUCGUGUUGUUAUUUGGAACACUGAUGACGUAAUUCUAGAGGACGAUGCUUUCAUGACAGGAGAGAAGAUGUCUGACAUCUAUGUCAGGGGAUGGCUAAAGGGACAGCAGGAGGACAGGCAGGACACAGAUGUGCACUAUCACUCCCUCACCGGCGAGGGCAACUUCAACUGGCGCUUCGUCUUCCCCUUCGAUUACCUCAUGGCUGAGGAGAAGAUCGUCAUCUCCAAGAAGGAGUCUAUGUUCUCCUGGGAUGAGACCGAAUACAAGAUCCCUCCUCGUCUCACGCUGCAGGUCUGGGACGCCGACCACUUCUCUGCUGACGACUUCCUCGGUGCGAUUGAGCUGGACCUGAACAGGUUCCCUCGUGGGGCCAAGACGGCCAAGCAGUGCUCCCUCGCCAUGAUCCGGAACGAGCAGGAGCUACCCACCAUCUCCAUCUUCAAACAAAAGAGGGUCAAGGGCUGGUGGCCGUUCGUAGCCCGCGACGAGAACGAUGAGAUGGAGCUCACGGGUAAGGUUGAAGCUGAGCUCCACCUGGUGACGGCAGAGGAGGCGGAGAAAAGUCCUGUAGGUCUUGGACGAAAUGAGCCGGAUCCACUGGAGAAACCAAAUCGCCCGGACACUACCUUCCUGUGGUUCCUGAGCCCACUGAAAGCUAUCCGCUACCUGGUGUGCAACCGCUACAAGUGGCUGAUCAUCAAGGUGGUGCUGGCGCUGCUGCUGCUCAUCAUGCUGGGCCUCUUCCUCUACAGCAUGCCGGGCUACCUGGUCAAGAAGCUGCUCGGGGCCUGAGGGGCCGCGGGGAGGACGGGGGGGGGGGUGGCCAGCCAGAUGCAAAGGAGGAGCGUGUAGGCACAAAGCAGGAGGACGGAGGAGUCUCACCCACAGGAAGGGAGGCACAGGGAGGAGAAAGCGCGUUGGGAGUACCAUUAUUUUCUCCUCUCCAAUCCGACUCAUCGUCACAAACAGCUGGCCACACCUCCACCUUUGCCCCGUGGAGAGAGGCCGAGACCACCUAAAGUUACUUUUUGCUCCAUGUCCUGAGAACCACUAGCUGUGUAAUCCUGUAUCCGACCUGCGGCGAGCCCAACAAAGCCAACGCUCAGGAUCGGGACCACGUCCCUCAGCUAACAAAAACCAGCAAUCGUUAUUCCACAAGGCGUCGUAACCCCUGACAUAUGACAAUGAAUGUGUCUUUGUCUGUUUGUUCAACUUGGAACUCCUUCAUUAAGUUAAAUCACAUCGCAUGGACAUUUAUUUCAGGUGAUGCUCUUGAAUUCCAUUAUGUCUGCUGUUGUUUUAAGUUAUUAGGCACCACAUUAACAUUAAUUAACGCUCUACUCUAAACCCUCUUUUUAGCAUUUAUGAGCAGUAUAUUACAUUUGACAUAUUAUGAGAAGGAAUAAAGGACAUUAAAGGGUUUAUUAAUGUACAGUUAUUAUAUAACAAUUAUACUUUCUCCUUUCAAGACAUUUUAUAUUAUUACAUCUAUAUUUUACUACAUCAUUUAUGUGUUUAUACAACAUUCUCCUAUUGGGUGGCCACAUGGGGAGGUAUAAUUGUUGACAUACAUGAAUACAUGAAUAAACACUGAUAAUGCAUCUUUCUGUUCAUAAAUGCUCAGUAAGGGGAUUAAAGUUAAGUGUUAUACCGUAUUAAGCUCUUGCAGUUUUUGCACACUUUACUAAUAAUGUAGAAACUACAUUAUUAAUGACUAUUUUCCUAAUCAAGUCUAAUAAGACACCAGAUGACUCCAAAAUUGAUUCGAGUUAGGUUCAACAUCAAUGUUACAAUGUUUAAUUUUUUGGAUCAAAGCAACCAAGCCAUAUAUGAUUCAAAUAAAAUAGAAAUAAGAUACAUUGUUUGUGAAUUGCAUUUGAAUAACUAGUUGAAAAAACUGGUUUGGAUUUCUACCAAAAUGUGAAUCUGUAUUGUCAAAAUGCAUGCGUCUUAGUAUCGAUUGACCACAAGGGUCAUGUGUGUGAGCAUGACUGUCUCUCCGAAUCACCAACCUUCAUAUCUUUAACUUUGCAGAUGGUGUAGAGAUGAUUCCAUUGGGAUAAGUGGGGAAUGGGGUCCGGGCUUGAUUCUCUAAACUCUGGCUCCAUGUUUGCCGUGUCUGUUCCUCCCCCUCAGAUUUGCCUGCUCCUGACCUCCUUUGUGUUGAAGUCCUUGUUUGUUAUUCUGUCUUCACGGAUCACAGACUUAUUGAUUGCACUAAACUUGCCUGUUUUUACAAUUGGUGUUUAUAUAUCUGGUGUGCAAUAUUUAUUUUUUGUUUCUUGGCAAUUUAAAAUAAACUUAAUUCCAUGGACAAGAUU